AUGGCCACGAGAGAAGUGCAAGCGCUCACGGCAACAAUCGCACCCGUGGAAAUGCCAGAGCUGCUGGAAUCCGAAGCAGCCGGUGAUGCAGUCGACGUCGGUGACGCAACGCUCGUGAGGCUACCAGAGGUCACUGGUGAGGCGGAUGCGGUAUCCGCCGAAGAUGCCGUUGCAGUUGCGGAUGCUGAGGUCACUUCAGUCGCAGCUGGAACAUCGCCACACCGCCCGCAAUUCUUCGCGACCGACGUCGCGAUAAUCUCCCUGAACCUGUCGGAACUCGCCGUGCAGAAGCAGCUAUACGACGUCGUCUUCCCGCCGUCACCGCACCCCGCCACCAUGUCCCGGACAAUAGAGCUGAUGGGCGGCCCGGCACAUGACGGCAGUGAAUCGUACCCGUCGGCCUGGUUGAGGUAA